GACUCUCCUCUUAUUCAAAUUUGCCGGCAACAUUCUUUCUUUCUCCGGUCGUCAUCAUCAUCUCCCAUGGCUCCCAAAACCUUUCUUCUCUACCGGGUUCUCAUCCUUGACUCUUUUCUCCUUCGAAUCCUCUCUUUUCAUCCCCUAUUCCAUCUCGCAUCCACCCACCCGAAGCAUUUCCACGGGCCGGCAUAAUCCACACCGGCGAGUGAGCAGCAGAACGGGAGAAAAUGAGGCCUGAUCUAUCAGUCAGCGACGGAGGUGCUGUUCACGAGAAGCCUUGGCGAUUCGGCGAAAUCUCGAUCUCCCUCCAACUGAAACAGAUUUGCAGAGACUUCCAUGCCAACUACAGAUCACGAGUGGGUGAUAAGAGGCUGGAGUGGGCGCGGAUUAGGGCCCAAAUGCAUUUCGCAGAUUCUGGUAAAGAAAUGUUUCGACAGCUUCGCAGUCCAACACUGUUGAAGUCCUUAGCUGCUUCUACACCUGAAAAUCCCGAGGUUGUUUCCUCGGGGAAGACACUCCGACGCUCAAGUCAGCAAUACUCAGUGUUCUAGAGAGAGAUGCUCUCAAGGAGUAAUUGCAGAGAGAGAAGUGUAGAGAUUAAUUACCUUCUUCGGAGGUGGUUGGGGGGUAUUUAUAGCCCCA